AUGAAAGCCCAGAAAGAUGCUGACACGGGUUUUUAUCUUUCAUUACACAAGACCAACACUACUCCCGGAACCAACGGCUCUGCUGCUACCAACAACCCAUACUCUGGAUUCGACCACUUGCGCUUCACUGUUACCAACGCCAAGCAAGCCGCCUCUUAUUACUGCACUCGCUUGGGAUUCAAGCAUAUCGCUUACCGUGGCCUUGAGACUGGUAGCCGUGACGUGGCUGCUCAUGUUGUUCGUCGCAACGAUGCCACCUUUGUCUUUGAGUGCCCUAUUCAGCCUGAUACCAUGCCAGAGAUGACCAAGGAAAUCGCUCAGCGUGGCGACGGCGUCAAGGAUAUUGCUUUUACUGUUACUGACUGUCGUGCUGUCUAUGAGAGAGCCAUUGCGCGCGGAGGCAAGUCGAUCAAGGCUCCCGAAGUAUUAAAGGAUGAGGAUGGUGAGGUCGUCAUGGCCACCAUUGCUACGUACGGUGAUGUCAACCAUACUUUGAUUGAACGCAAGAACUACAAGGGCAUCUUCUUGCCCGGCUACAAGGACUCUGCGACCUCGCUGCGUUAUGUUGAUCCGCUUGAUGAACUCUUGCCAACUGUACCCUUGGGCUUCAUUGAUCACGUAGUCGGCAACCAGCCCGACACCAUGAUGACUCCAGUAUGCGAAUUCUAUGAAAAAGUGUUUGACUUUCACCGCUUCUGGUCUGUCGAUGACAAGGAUGUGUACACUGAAUACAGUGCGCUGCGCUCCAUUGUGAUGGCCGACCCUGCCGAAAAGAUCAAGGUGCCGAUCAACGAGCCAGCCGAGGGCAAAAAGAAAUCGCAAAUCCAAGAAUUUGUUGACUUUUACGGCGGUGCCGGUGUCCAGCACAUUGCCAUCAACACGCCUGACAUUAUCACGUCCGUCACCAACAUGCGCAAGCGUGGCUGUGACUUUUUGAGUGUGCCGGAAACCUACUACACUGCUCUGCGAGCUGCUUUGGAAAAACACAACAAGAUCUCGAAACGACCUGUCAAGGAGGACUUGAGUCUCUUGCAAAAGCUGAAUAUUUUAGUCGACUAUGAUGAAAAUGGUUACUUGUUGCAGAUCUUUACACGUCCUGUUCAGGACCGUCCUACUGUCUUUGUCGAAAUUAUUCAGCGGAAUAACCACAAUGGCUUUGGUGCUGGUAAUUUCAAGAGCUUGUUUGAAUCGCUUGAAAUGGAACAAGCACUCCGUGGUAAUUUGACCGAUACCGUGCCUGUCAACUCUGCUGCUCCCAGUAAUUAA